AUGAGAAAUAUUCUUAUUGUCGGCGCGACAAGAGGCCUUGGGCACUCUCUAGCAACCCAAUAUGCGAAGAAAGGCUUCACAGUCUAUGCAACUGCCCGUUACUCCGUCCCCCAGACGCCAUCACACGGCAUCCGCUGGAUCGCAAACGUCGACAUCGCCCACGAAACGGCUGGUCGUAGAAUCACUGCCCAAUGGCAGGAAGAAACCAAGAUCGACCUUCUCAUCAUCUGUGCAGGCUACUUCGCCAUAGAAACUCUCGAGGAACCUCAUUGGGACAAGGAAAUCGCUAUGUACAAGACUUGUGCGAUCGGGCCUGUAUUUCUCGUUCAUCAUCUUCUCCACGCAGGGUUGCUGAAGGAGAAUAGCAGAGUGGUCCUUGUUGGGUCCGAAGGCGGAAGCGUGACGCUGCGCCAUGAGAGUCAAGGCGGAGGAAACUACGGAGGACAUGGAAGCAAGGCUGCUCUGAACAUGGUCGGAAAGCUCUUGAGUAUAGAUUUGAAGCCACAGGGGAUUGCCGUUGCUAUUGUUCACACCGGAUAUUUACGGAAGGAAAACAAGGAGGGGUACUUUGAGCCUGGUUCCAAAGGAGCUGUCAAGCCAAACGAAGCAGCCGCAGGACUGGUUGAUUGGAUCGAAUCCUUUGACAUCUCUAAGACCGGGGAGUUUUGGGCACCGAGAGGAGCUAGCGAUAUCAACUCCGCUGAGGCUGUGCUUGGUCCACUGGAUACGCUGCCAGUGCCGCUUCAGCUACCGUGGUAG